UCCCCACUAUGGAAGCCUCGAGGCAUGCUGGGAAUCGCUUGUGAGUAGUCUCAGCUGUUGGAAGGGUUACUGCUGUGCUUCUCGGAACUUUGCUGGGCACACACAGAGGAAGUCUCUCCCCCUCGGGCUGCCACCCCCUGAAGGACCCCAGGGUGGCCCUGCAGAGAACCUGCAGCCAGAGGAAUGGCCCCCGGGACCCCGAGGCCCCCCUCCCAGGGGCCAAUAACAUUCAAGGAUGUGGCUGUGGAUUUCACCCACGAAGAGUGGUGCCUAUUGGACCAUUUUCAAAAACAGCUGUACCUGGAGGUCAUGCUGGAGAAUGUACAGACUCUACUCUCUGUGGGGCUUCCAGUUCCUAGAGAAAAUUUUAUCUCCUAUUUUCAGCAAGGAGAAUCACCAUGGCUACUAGAGCAAAAAGGCCCAAGGAACUCCUGCCCAGAGGCAGAGGCUAAUUUUGAAGUGAAGGAGAUAUCUACAAAGUUGAGAUUUUUUGUGAAAGUAUCUUGCCCUCAAAGAUGCAUGAAUGAGGGUCCCCAUGACUUCAUUUUGAGAGAAAACUGUGACUCUACUAUCAACUUAAAUAAAAAUCCAGACAGUGACAAUGAAUUUGGUAAAACUUCAGAGAAAUUCAACCAAUAUUCAGGCCUAAAUCAGUAUAUGAAAUUGACCUCAGAAAAUGACUGUUGUCAGGAUAGUGAAUAUAACAAAUGCUUUCCUGAUGAAGUAGGAAAUGUUCUGUCUCCUGAGAAACCUGAAAUUCCCACGUAUCAGGGAAACCUAGAGCGAUUGGCCUUUGGCUGGAGUUUAGACCUUAUUAGACAUAAAAAAAGUAAAUGUGUAUUAAUGGUUUCUGUGAGGGAUAAAAGUCAGAACUCUGCGCUUAAUACACAUCAGAGAAUCCACACUGGAGAGAAACCUUAUGACUGUAAACACUGUGGAAAGGCUUUCACAAAGAGGAGCAAUCUUGCUAAACAUCAGAGAAUCCACGCUGGAGAGAAACCUUAUGAAUGUACACAGUGUGGAAAGGUUUUCACACAGAGGAGAUCUCUUACUGCGCAUGAGACAGUCCACACUGGAGAGAAACCUUAUGAAUGUAAACACUGUGGAAAGGCUUUUACAUGGAAGGUCUCUCUUGCCACACAUCAGAGAAUUCAUACUGGAGAGAAACCUUUUGAAUGUAAACAGUGUGGAAAGACUUUUACAUGGAAGUUCUCUCUUGCUGCCCAUCAGAGAAUCCACACAGGAGAGAAACCUUAUGAAUGUAAACAAUGCGGAAAGGCUUUCACACAGAGGAGAUCUCUUGCUGCACAUAAAACAGUCCACACUGGAGAGAAACCUUAUGACUGUAAACACUGUGGAAAGACUUUUACAUGGAAGGUCUCUCUUGCUACACAUCAGAGAAUCCACACUGGAGAGAAACCUUAUCAAUGUAAACAGUGUGGAAAGGCUUUUACAUGGAAGUUCUCUCUUGCCACACAUCAGAGAAUCCACACUGGAGAGAAACCGUAUGAAUGUAAACAAUGUGGAAAGGCUUUCACGGACAGAGGCUCUCUUGUUAAACAUCAGAGAAUCCACACUGGAGAGAAACCUUAUGAAUGUACACACUGUAGAAUGGCUUUUACUGUGAAGAGCCAUCUUGCUACACAUGAGAGAAUCCACACAGGAGAGAAACCUUAUGAAUGUAAUCAGUGUGGAAAGGCUUUUAUAAGGAGUAGCUAUCUUGCUAAACAUCAGAGAAUCCACACUGGAGAGAAACCAUAUGAAUGUAACCAAUGUGGAAAGUCUUUCACAGAGAAAAGCUCUCUUGUUAAACAUCAGAGAAUGCACACUGGAGAAAAACCUUAUGAAUGUACACAGUGUGGAGUGGCUUUUACUGUGAGGAGCCAUCUUGCUGCACAUGAGAGAAACCACACUGGAGAGAAACCUUAUGGAUGUAAACAGUGUGGAAAGGCUUUUAUAAGGAGAAGCUAUCUUGCUAAACAUCAGAAAAUUCACACUGGAGAGAAACCUUAUGAAUGUACACAAUGUGGAAAGGCUUUCACACAUAGAAGAUCUCUUGCUGCACAUAAGAUAAUCCAUACUGGAGAGAAACCUUAUGAAUGUAAACAUUGUAGAAAGGCUUUUCCAUGGAAGGUCUCUCUAUCUAAACAUCAGAGAAUCCACUCUCGAGAGAAAUCUUAUGUAUGUAAACAAUGUGGAAAGGUUUUCACAGAGAGGGGCUUUCUUGCUAAACAUCAGAGAAUCCAUACUAAAGAGAAACCUUAUGAAUGUAAACAAUGUGGAAAGGCUUUCACAGACAGAGGUUCUCUUGUUAAACAUCAGAGAAUCCACACAGGAGAGAAACCUUAUGAAUGUAAACACUGUGGAAAGGCUUUCACUCAGAGAAGCCAUCUAGCUACACAUCAGAGAAUCCACACUGGAGAGAAACCUUAUGAAUGUAAACAGUGCGGAAAGGCUUUCAUAAAGAGGGACUCUCUUGUUGAUCAUGAGAGAAUCCACACUGGAGAGAAACCUUAUGAAUGUAAACAAUGUGGAAAGGCAUUCACUCAAAGGAGCCAUCUUGCUACACAUCAGAGAAUCCACACUGGCAAGAAACCUUAGGAAUGCAAACAGUAUGGAAUGGCUUUCACAAAGAGGGACUAUCUUGCUACACAUCAGACAAUUCACAUUGGAGACAAGCCUUAUUUUAUGGGAUAAAAUCAUGCAUUAUUCUCUAGUAUACAUUAAUUAGUAUUAGCAAUUUUUGAUUGGCAACUUCUUAUACAAAAAUUAGUGAAAGUUGUGCCCUUCAGAAAGGAGAUAUUAAUCUCUCCUUAUGAAAAGUAUAGAAAUCUCCCUCCCUAAGAAGCUUUUCAUAUGUACAUGAAUAUAUACCUUUAAUUCUCUCUUUUCUAAUGUGACCAAGAUCCCCCUUUUUCUCUCACCUUAUAAAGGGGAAUUCUUUAUUCUCUUUGUCUAUUUUGAGUUAACUCUUAAAUUAACACUUCUUGGAGAGUUCCACCUUGUUAUCAAGUAAGAGAAUUCACAAGUCACUUACUUGGAAAGCUCCAUUCUUUUAACCCAUUCAAUCAGAAAUUUGUGAAUCCUAUGAGGGUUAACACCUUCAGAAGCUAAGAAGUGGAUCCCCCCCCCCCCCAAGACAUGGCAAGACAGUGCUAGGCAAUUUGGAAGAUAUGAUUGGCCCCUGUGAAGAGGAGAAGGGACAAAAAGUAUUAUAAAAUCCCUGAACUUCUUGGGCUGAAGAUCAUUUUUGUCUUCUUUGACUGGUGGCCUGCCUCUUGGAUGUAACUUGGGACUUGGACUGGCUCUGGAGUGAGUGAAUAGAUGGCUUUCCUUUCCUGAUUUCUGUAGAGGGUUUAACUGUGGUGUAGGGUUAAAAAGUCGUGCCGGGCUGAGUCGAGCAUUGGAGCAGUAUUUAGUGUGAUAGGCUAAAUAUCUUCACUACCCUAUUUUUGUAUUUUUCUUUGUAAAUAAAAGCUAUUGAAACCCA